AUGGCUUCCAGCGGGUUGCGGGCUUCGCAGCGUUUCAGCAUUUCGUCGGCAUCGGCGGGGUUUUAUCAAAAAUCCAAAGGUUACGGUCGCGGGCAUGGUUCACAAAACUUUGCACCCUGUCGCUGGCUGUACCAAACGGAAUUAUCGUUGCUUCGGGCCGGGGUGUAUCGUAAUGUGCCAUAUUUGCUAAAUUUAUUAGCAAAUAUAAGUCGAAUUGUUUUACUUUGGUAGGGGUGUUUAAAAAUUGUUGGUUGAUUUUUAACCGACUUUAAAUGCUACCUAACACUUAAAUUUAUAUCAUGAGUUAUAUAAUAAUUGAAAUGCAUGGCGGCCU